AGGGCUUGCGGGAGGCUGCGGGGUAGCUGCUGAAGCACCGGCACUCGCGCUGUUUCUCGGGUCGCCGAGCCCCUCCCGCGCAGAGGCCCGAGCCUCAGCAGCCCGUGGCCUUGCGCGGCCUGCGUCUCUUCCGCGCAUCCCGCAGAGUGCGAGGAGACCCAGGGGUCGGGCCUGACCUCGGCGCCCCUCUCCAGCCGCGACCUGACAGUCCAGCCGCCGGCACUUUUGACCCGGAGUCAAGCUGGGGCCCCGGUGGGACGAAGGCAAGAGUGGUGCUUGGGGGCCACCAGCCAAGGGACCUGGGGAUUUUCGGUGCAGGGAGGAGCGGACAAUCCCCUAAAGGAAAGGCAGGCCCCAAGAUUUGCCAGGUUUCAGAAGGAGGGAUGCCCAAGAAAGGCACUGGCCCCUUGUUUUCUGUGCUGGGUGAUGACCUGACAUUCAUGGGAAAAGGUCACUGCUGGACACCUGGAUCGGGUCUGUCAUGUCCAGAGGAAGCGGCUGUUUUGCCACCUGCCUGCUCAUCUGCCACCUGAGCAUCCUGACUGUGCCAUCCCGUAGGCCAUGGAGAACGAGCUGCCAGUCCCCCAUACGUCUAGCAGCGCGAGUGUCGCCAGCAGUACCAGCGGCGUCAGUAGCAGCAGUGGCGGCAACAAUAGCAGCAGCGGUGGCAGUGGCCGCCCCACGGGGCCCCAGAUUUCUGUGUACGGUGGCAUUCCUGACCGGCAGACUGUGCAGGUGAUCCAGCAAGCCCUGCACCGGCAGCCCAGCACGGCGGCCCAGUACCUGCAGCAGAUGUACGCGGCCCAGCAGCAGCACCUCAUGCUGCAGACGGCGGCCCUGCAGCAGCAGCACCUCAGCAGCGCCCAGCUCCAGAGCCUCGCGGCCGUGCAGCAGGCAAGCCUGGUGGCCAGCAGACAAGGGAGCACUUCAGGCAGCAGUGUGUCUGCACAGACCCCCGCCCAGUCAUCCUCGAUCAAUCUGGCAGCCUCCCCGGCAGCAGCCCAGCUCAUCAACCGGGCUCAGAGUGUCAACUCAGCAGCAGCCUCAGGCAUCGCCCAGCAGGCUGUGCUCUUGGGCAACACGUCUUCUCCAGCCCUGACUGCAAGCCAAGCACAGAUGUAUCUGCGGGCACAGAUGGCCCAGCCAGGUAACCUGGUGCAGGUAGCUAGGAGCCUAGGCGGCACUGUUCCUUUGUCCCCUCAGCUCAUCUUCACGCCCACGGCCACCGUCGCUACUGUGCAGCCUGAGCUCGGCACUGGCUCCCCCGCCCGGCCCCCCACCCCCGCCCAGGUACAGAACUUGACCCUCCGAACACAGCAGACACCAACUGCAGCAGCCUCGGGCCCUACCCCCACUCAGCCUGUCCUGCCCAGCUUGGCCCUGAAGCCCACGCCGGGUGGUAGCCAGCCUCUGCCUACCCCAUCACAAGGCAGAAACACUGCUCAGGGUUCCCCUGCAGGUGCCAAGCCUGGCAUAACUGACAGUGUGAUGGAGCCACUCAAGAAAGGAGAUGGCAACAGCAGUGUGCCAGGGAGCUUGGAGGGUCGGGCUGGGCUCAGCCGAAUGGUACCUGCUGUGGCAACCCACCCCCUCAUUGCACCAGCCUAUGCUCAGCUGCAGCCACACCAGCUCCUCUCCCAGCCAUCCUCAAAGCACCUGCAGCCGCAGUUUGGGAUCCAGCAGCAGCAACAGCAAGCAUCACAACAGCUGCCGCCGCCCCAGCCAUCACAGCCAGCGCUCCAAGCCCCAUCCCACCCCCAGCUGGCCUCGGUCCCUCCAAGCCUGGCCCUGCAGCCCGGCCCCGAAGCCCCUGCCAUGCCGCUAGGCCCGGUCCCAUCCACCCUGCCUCUCCAGUGUCCCGCUGCCAACCUGCACAAGCCUGGCAGCACUCAGCAGUGUCACCCUCCCGCGCCAGAUGUCAGGCCUCACAAUGGAUACCCUGAGGGCCUGUCUCACACCCCUCAACACAGGUUCCAGCAUGCCUCGGCUGUCAUCUUACAACUGCAACCUGCUUCGCCAGUGCCCCAGCAGUGCACCCCCGAUGACUGGAAGGAAGUGGUACCUAGAGAGAAGAGUGGGCCUGAGACUCGGUCUGACCCAUCACCGCAUCAGCAAGCCAUCGUCACUGCCAUGCCAGGUGGCCUGCCUGUACCCAAGAGCCCGAACAUCCAGCAGUCCCCAGCUCAUGAGACAGGGCAGGGCAUUGUUCAUGCACUGACCGACCUCAGCAGCCCCGGCAUGACCUCAGGGAACGGAAACUCUGCCUCCAGCAUCACCGGCACUGCCCCCCAGAAUGGUGAGAAUAAACCACCACAGGCCAUUGUGAAACCCCAAAUCCUGACGCAUGUUAUCGAAGGGUUUGUGAUCCAGGAGGGGGCGGAGCCUUUCCCGGUGGGACGCUCAUCCCUGCUGGUGGGGAAUCUCAAGAAGAAGUAUGCACAGGGGUUCUUGCCUGAGAAACUUCCGCAGCAGGACCAUACCACCACCACUGACUCAGAGAUGGAGGAGCCCUAUCUGCAAGAAUCCAAGGAGGAGGGUACUCCCCUUAAACUCAAGUGUGAGCUCUGUGGCCGGGUGGACUUUGCCUACAAGUUCAAGCGUUCCAAGCGCUUCUGCUCCAUGGCUUGUGCAAAAAGGUACAAUGUGGGAUGCACCAAACGAGUGGGCCUUUUCCACUCGGACCGGAGCAAGCUGCAGAAGGCAGGAGCCACAACCCACAACCGCCGUCGGGCCAGCAAAGCCAGUCUGCCAACACUUACCAAGGAUACCAAGAAGCAGCCAGCAGGCACUGUACCCCUCUCAGUUGCUGCCGCACUGCAGCUAACACACAGCCAGGAAGACUCCAGCCGUUGCUCCGACAACUCAAGCUACGAGGAGCCCCUGUCACCCAUCUCAGCCAGCUCAUCCACCUCCCGCCGGCGACAAGGCCAGCGGGACCUGGAGCUCCCUGACGUGCACAUGCGGGACCUGGUGGGCAUAGGGCACCACUUCCUGCCAAGCGAGCCCACCAAAUGGAAUGUGGAAGAUGUCUAUGAAUUCAUCCGCUCUCUGCCAGGCUGCCAGGAGAUAGCAGAGGAAUUCCGUGCCCAGGAAAUCGACGGGCAAGCUCUGCUGCUGCUCAAGGAGGACCACCUGAUGAGUGCCAUGAACAUCAAGCUGGGGCCUGCCCUCAAGAUCUAUGCACGCAUCAGCAUGCUCAAGGACUCCUAGGGCUGGCCGGCCACCGGGUUUCCAGCCCCGGGCUCCUCCUCCCGAAUGAGCACAGCCAGCGGACACUCCUGGGGGCCCAGAAAUGGGGCCAGUUGAGGGAAGGGGCCUUCCCUGUGGGGCAUGGCUGGGGAGGAGGUCUCGGCACCUCCUCAAUGGCUCUCAGGGGCCUUUCUUUCUGUGGGAGGGGCAGAGAGGUAGGUGGCGCAGAAGAUGGGGCUUUAUGCUUGUACAUAUUGAUAGCACUGGCUUCCUCCAAAGUCCCACUACUCUAGCCCCGCUCUCUUCCCCUCCCUCUGUCCCCCAUUUUCCAGGGGGUAUACGGUCAGGGCUCCCAACCUGAGUUGGGUCACUUCCAAGGGCAGCCGUCAGGCCUGCCUAGAGGCCUCGGAAGCCCUUGCCUGCCUUCCUCCACUUCUUUCUCCGGGCCCAGCUAACUCUCCCGCUGCCAGCUUCUCCCACUGCAGCCUGUUUCUGAAGCAGCCAGAAGGGUUCUCCCCCUUCACCCUCUACAGGUGGAGGGAGAGAAGUUGGGCCCAGUUUGGCCACGCCUGCUGGCACAGACGCCUUAACGCUGUGUGUGUGACUGUGUGACUGUGUGGGAGCCUGGACUGACUGGCCGAGAGCCACCCUCUGGCAUCUCCAGGUGUUUUGUAGCAAACAGCCACUUAGUGCUUUGUCCUGGACUCCACUCAGCCUCAGGAUGGGGAAUAGGAAAGAAGGGCCGCCUCAGUGCAGAGAGGCACGAUCAGAAAGUGAUGAAGAUUAGUAGGAGAUUUUCCUUUCCAGAUGGCCGUGGUGUCUCCGCAGCCCCUUCCCGCACUGUGACAUCCCCCUGACUGCCCUGCUGUGUCACAGGCGGCACUGAGGAAGCUGCUGGUGGGCUGGGCUGGGCCGGGCCGGGCCACGCCUCCCCAUCUGCCUGCCCGCCCGCCCUGGGAGCCCAGCGGUGGGGCCCAGGGAACGUCCAAGGGCAGAAGAGCUGGAGUGACCACCAGUGAGGUGAAGAAGGCGGCCUGCGGCCUCGGGUCCCACACUUCUCUGCCUCUGGAACUCGCUGGCGCGGUCUGAGCUGCCGUGGAGGAGGCGGGGCCACCUCUGACUUGCCGGGGCCUCUGCAGACUCCUGGGGACAGUGGGACUCUCCCUGGGCGGAGGGUGGGUGCCCUUCUGAGCUUGUUCUGUUCCCCACUCACACCCCCCAGGCAGGGUUGGAAUGAAGGACUUUUUUAACCUUUUGUUUUUUUAAAAAUAAAUCCGUAAAAUCUG